GUCGUAAGAAUUGGUUUGUUCCCGACAACCGAUAUCUCAGUUGCAAUCAAUGGGUGAAUGUAUGGCAGUUGUUGAGUACGCAGACUCUUCACACAAAUGCCUCUCAAAUAACUGCAACUCCGAGUCAUUCAAGUCGUCAGUUGUUUGGAGCCGUCGUUCGCAACGAUUCACACGACUCCUUAUCCAAGUUAUCAGCGCUUUUUUGGUCAUCACUUCAGUGACCAGAAAUCGACUCGAGUGACCAAUUGAUGUCUUCAACUGGACAUUUAUACAUAAGAGAAGUGAAAGCUUUAUAAUUUGGUGACCAUUACAUGCAUAACAAGCAUUCGUUUGCCUGCGGCUAAAGGCCGCACCCAAGACAGCCAUGUAUUAUCCCAAUCUGUUUGCGGGUGUCCGCCCUUAUAACUCGCUCAGGGAUAGAGUCGACAAUCCACUAGAUUUGUCGGUAAAACAAUCGAUUAGACCAGAGGCUCCCGAACUACUGAUGGAUCGUAAGCUGUCUAUGGCUGGCAUUUCUCACAGACCAUUGACGCAACAAAUGCCACUUCUGGACACUAUGUAUAAGCAAUAUGCCUAUGAGUCAUACUUAGGCGAUUCAUCCACGUGUGCUAUGACGGGUCCAACCAAUGCCUUAAUUGGUCAAACAUUGACAAAUCCUUAUUGUCCUCCGGUAUCAUCCAACUCGGGUGUUGGUCACUUAGGGCUAAUACCCGAUCUUCUACAACAAAACAGAGAUUCUUUAGCUAUGGAAGCGGCAGCAGUGGGUGCCUCUACUCUCACACCAUACACUGUGGAUGUGUCUGGUCUUCCAUAUCACAUGAGAAUAGGAAGUGCUUCGGCAGCUCUGGCCUUAAACAGCGCAAACCAAAGAGCAUUUUAUGGUCACAAUUCAAUGAAUCCAGUUAUUCCUCCACAUCUGACGGCUUCAUUUGGAUCAACUAUUCCACACUUUCCUAUAUAUACGGAUUUAUUUAAUGACAUAACUCGUCGUCCCAUUGAAACGGAUAAAAGUAUUUUCGGGUCAUUGGCUUCAAUGCAAUCAAUGCAUUCUCCGGCAGAACCGACAACUCAUUUCUCCGAACAUUUACAACGACUUCGAGACCAUAGUAUACAUCAAAACAAAUGCAAUUCUUUAUGUUGUCCUCAAAUGGCCACUUCUGGUCAGUCAUCGACAAAUAUGUGUAAUUGUUGUAAUAAUAAUAAUAAUAAUAUAACAAAAUUACAAUCUAAAGAUGUGUGCAAUCAAACCAAGAGUCAAAAGUUUAGUGAUAUUUCUUGUGCUCAAAACAACUCAAAUUGUGACUUAAAAUCACAUUUCGAGAAAAAAGUGCCACAAAUUGUUAACAUAAAAUGUGCUGCAAAUGAAACAACUAAUAGUGAUUUGUGGAAAUUUAAGUGUUCAUCAAAAAUGGAUUAUAAUGACACUAAAUUAGACACUAAAAUAGAUGCUAAACUAGACAAUCACCAAAACACCAAACUAGACAAUUAUAUUCCUCAAGUUAUCACAAUUGAUGAAGAUUGCAAUAAUGACUUCAUUGACAAUAAUGAUAUACAAAUCAAAGAUUUCAAAGUGAAGCAAAGUUUAUCAUUGAAUUUGCAAUUAAGUUAUCGUUCAAAAUGUGAUAAAAAUAGUGAAUAUAGUUGUAAACCAUCUCUAAAUGAGAAAAAUGUUAAAUUAACUCAAGUAACCAAUACUUGUCAACAAAACCAACUUAACUCAAGUGAUUCAAAACAUAACAAUCGCAAAAAUCAUGGAAUUCAAGCCAUACUCGAUAACACUAAACAAGAAGCUGUUCCUCAAUGUACUGAUCAUCAACAACAACAACAUUCAACAAACAAUAGUGCCAUCAAAUUAAAGGAAUUCAAAAUCUUAAAUAAAAAUCAAAAUGUGUUAACAAAAGAUAAAAAAGUUACAAAAGAGACUAAAACUGUUGAAGUUCAGUGCGAUGGACCCGAUUGGACACCAAUUGUAUUACCAAAUCAACUCAAAAACAAAUUACACAAAGUUAUUAGUGAUUUAAAUAAUUGUUCAAAUGGUUCAAUCAAAGUGAUUAAAAAGAAAAAGAAAUGUAAACAAAAACAUAAUCACAACCAUAAUAACCAUCGAAAGCAAUGUAGAUCUCGAUCGCCAUCUUCAACAUCAAGCAUAAUAUCUUCUCAAGAACUAAAUGAUGCAAUGGAUUGUCUUUUAGACAAUAAUGAUAGCAAUAAUUCAAAAUAUAAGAAGAGAUCAAUGCUUAAGUGUUUAAUUAAUUCUGAUGGAUAUGUGGCCGACAAGAUUAAGAAGAAUAGUGGUCAACACGACCUCUUUGUUUCAGAUCCAUCACAACUUGGAAGAGAAGAGAGAGCUCUUCAGAAAUCGUGUACUUUCCAAGAAGAGAAGUUCCCAAAUAAAAUCCUUCCAAUUUUCCCGGAAAAUAAACGGGCGAUAAAACACUUCGAAGAAAAAGUUAACAAACAAGAGAAGGGACUAAAAGAUCGUUCAGAGGAAACUCUUGAUUAUAACUCCAAUUCAGAGUCCGAAAAUGAAAGCAAUAAAUAUCAAAAAACUAUUGAAUCAGUUGUUAUUGAAAGCCGCAAAAGAGCACAAUAUUUGGAGUCGACAACAUAUUCUCAUAAGAAUAGUAAAGAAAGUCUUGAAAAUCAAUUAUCUCAACAUUCAAUACAUUCCAACAAUAAAACAGAUGAAACCCAAUCUAAAGAUAAACAAAAACACAAGAAAAGGACAUUUUCGAAGGUAAUGGAAGAUAAGUCUCAAUCGGAUGUCAAGUGUCACCAAAAGAAGAUUAAAUUGAAACAUAAAAAUAUUGAACCAAAUGGUCAACAAAAUGAAUGCAAACAGAAAAAGGCAUUGGUAAGUGUUCGUCGCCGUCGUUUCCGAUCGGGUCUCGAUAUGAUCCGUAACCCUUAUAAACGCAAAAAACCAAAAAUUGCAACAAAUAUAAUAUCAUCGAUGUCUUCAAAUAAGCGAAUCGAUAGAUCUAAUGGUUCGGUAAUCGACGAGAGACAGCAUAAAUCGAACUGCGAAUCAACGACUCCAUCGACAGCUGAAGUGAAGCGCCUUAUAGUAAACAAGGCUUUAGGCGAAACACUACUCCAUAGAGCCGCCCGAUCUAACAGACUUGAUGUCGUCAUAUCAUGUUUACAGUCCAUUACAUGUGAUGUCAAUGCCAGAGACAAUGCUAACUAUACCCCAUUACACGAGUGCUGCACUCGCGGUAACCUCGAGGUCGCGGCCCUAUUGUUGCGAAACGGAGCGCAUGUGGACGCCAGUGCUACCGGUGGCAUCAGACCUCUUCACGAUGCCAUUGAAAACAAUCAUAUAGAAGUGGUUAGGCUAUUGCUCGCUUAUGGAGCUGAUCCUAAAAUAAGUACAUAUUCUGGUGCCACACCAUUACAGUUGGCGCGCUCUAAGGCUAUGACCACAUUCCUCACUGGUUUUCUCGAUGACAUAUCAAGUGAUGAUCAGUUACGACAUGGCAAUGGUAUGUGUGGUUUACAGUGGAAAUUUGGAUCAACUUUGCAAUUAUCAGACAAGCAAAUGGCUUACAAUUUAUUUGAAGACUUGCCUUCAGAUGAUGACGAGUCAUAUGACUUCCUGUUUGAAGUCAGUGACUGUCCUUUGGAUGCUAUUUAUCGUUUGCGUCAUUCAAAAGAUAGCAAACAAUACAUGCGAUUAUCAGACGUGUUAAAGAAGGCCCGUAUUAGCAGAGAUGAGAUGAUAGGAAAACAUCCUAAUAUUGAAAUUACAUCAUUAGUCAGUCAUAACUUACAAAAUACUAAUAUCACACACUUUGUCGUCGAUGAAGAUGUUGAUGACGAUAAUGUUCAAGACUUUGUUGUAUACAAUGAUUAUAUCAAAAAUAUUUUAAGUAUUCAAACCAUUAAAUUAUGAUUAUAGUUUAUAUUAUAUUAUUAUUUUAUUGAUU